AUGAGCGCCUCCUCCACCUCCUCUUCCACCUGUAACACCUGCUUGGAUCUACGAACAGGUGUGUAUGUAAGAUCCGGCCUCACAGUGGACCCCAGGGAAGAAGGGAGGAAGGGAGCAGAGGCAGGGAGGAGAGGAAAACACAGGAGGGAGGAAGAGGGGGCGGAAGACAGAGGGACAUCACAGGAGUCGCGGGUGAACUUGCUCCAUUCCCGAGGCACUAGAAUGGUAAACAGUGGAUGCCGAGGGACGGAGAUAAGGUGAUAAGCGGCCAGUACGAGAUAACACGACGCCUUGUUAUCGCGGGGUGUGUGGUAGGGCGGUGAUCUUCCUCUGUUUGCUGUUGUGGUGAGAGGAGGAAGGAGGAAGACGAAAACAGAGGAGAGAUUAUAGAAGGAAAAAGACAGGAAAGAAGGGAUAGCGAGAAAGAAAGGAAGGGAGGAAGAAUUCGUCAUAGUGUUGCGCGUGGCAGUAUGGUGAUCUUUGUUUUGUGUUCUUGGCAAGGAAAGGAGGAGAAAGACGAAGAGAAAACACAGGCAAGAGACCAUACGAGGAGGAAAGAAAGGAAGGAAUGAAGAAAGGGAUAGAAAAGUUCAUUAUCGUCUCGCGUUUGACAAUAUGGUGAUUCUGUUUUGUGUCCCGGACGAGAAAAUCGAAGAGAAAACACAGGAAAGAGACCACACGAGGACGAAAGAAAGGAAGGAAGAACAAAGAAAAGUAGAGUUUGUUAAUGUACCGUGUUGACAACAAGGUGAUUCUUCUUCUGUUUUGUGUUGAAGUGAGAGAACGGGUCAGUAUUAUCAGACACAUUCGCUUGUCACAUCAACUAUUUCUAAAGGUCAAAGAGGGGGUCAGUCGGGUUCUAAUGAGCGUUUCUUCAGGUUCACGGUACAGAAGAAGGGUCAGACUACCACCAGGGUCAUAAAACUACUCCUAAAUAUGCCCACAACUCCUACGAAAGCCUUGUCAAAUAUGUUUUCUUGGGCGACGAAAUGUCUUAUGAUACGAAGAGAAAAACGAAGAGAAAACGCAGGAAAACAACCAUAGGAGAAGGAAAGAGAGGAUGCGAAGAGAGGAAUGAAAGAGAAGAGUUCGUUAUCGUGUUGCUGUUGUUUUCCUCUGUCCCGUGUCAUGGAGUUCGAUGGAGAGGAUGAAGAAAGAAAGAGCAGAAAGAAAAAAAAGACAGGAACAGAGGAAAGAAGAGGAGGGAAGGGAGGAAGUUUGCACCGGUGAUGAGAUUUACACCUGGUGGUUCGUUACUUCUUGACGGGAACAGUAAUAUGGGCGGGCCUGACCCUGGCACUCGUGGUCAUCCCCUCCACGGUGGUGAUGGUGCUGUCCAUGCGCUGGCACCUGGCUGACAAGGGCACUGUCCCCAAGACCUAUUGGGUGGCCCACAUCUGUCAGUCUGGCAUCAUGCACAGGUACAUGCUCAUGUUCCAAAUGGGCCUCAAGGCACGCAGGAGCGGCGACCUUGAUGACUUUGAUGAGCUGUACCACCAGCAGAGUGACGUGUGCAUGCUGAGGAUGUUUGAGUCCUUCCUGGAGUCAGCGCCCCAGCUGAUUCUGCAGGUGUACAUCAUGCUGUCGGUCCGGGACUACAGCACCUGGACAGCCCUCACUGCCUUCACCUCCAUGGUCUCCCUGGGCUGGGGCAUUGCAGCGUACACCAAGGCCAUGCGCAACACCCGCCUUGACAAGCACAAAAUGACUAUCUCUGGCCUGGUGCUGCAGACCGUGUGGCGCGCCGGCAUGAUCGGGGCGCGAGUGUUGGCCCUGGCUCUGGUGGCCACAGUGAUUGAGGGCUGGCUGCUCCUCUGUCUAGGCCUUCACCUGAGUGCCAUGUUUGUGUGGGUGGUGAGUCAGAAGACCGGGUUCAGUGCAACGCAGUGGGAGGAGUCCAUCUUCAACUUCAUCAUGGCUGUCACCUACUGCUUCUGCUUCUUUAAUCUCAGGGAGGGACACUCACGCUGGCGGAUGCUCACCUUCUACGUGGUGACGGUGACGGAGAACUUGGUGUGCGUCAUCAUCUACUUCUUCUACGCCUCUCACUCGCUGUGGCUCAAGUACGCGGCGCUCAUCUCCGUCUCUGGACUCAUGGUGCUGGGCUUGUCUUGUAUGAUGCUGUACUACCGCUUCUUCCACCCCAUGGGCCCACUCAACCCCUUCCAGAGCCAGAAGAGCAGUGACCUUGAGAGUGGCAUUGCAGCCAACACACAGGUGACCAUCUCCUCAGACUCCUCAACCACCCCUGACUACAAUGUAAAGAAAAGGCCAGUCAUGCACAAGGUGUCCAUGAAGAGAACCUUCAAGUCACUGUAUCCUGUCGACAACAACAAUUUCUCAGUCAGUGUGCUAUCAGCUCAAGGCAUCAGCUUGGAGAGCUCCCCAGCUACUUCCUCCUCAUCCCCGACCUCCUCAUCACUACCUCAGCCAGUGUACCAGCGGCCCUCAGGCACCAUGUGUUCGGUGCAGGACCUUCUGGCCAACGUGUCUUGCACCAGUGAUUUCCAGCCCUUUGAGUCCCCAGCAGAGGGACGGGCUCGCAGCACCAGUGGCAGCAGCAGGAAGGAAGCAGGAGACAAUGCAGGGACUUCACCCAUCAGUCCAAGCUCAUUUGAGAGAACUGUCAACCGAGAGCUUGAGUUCAGGUUGUCUUCAUCUGAGUUCCAGGUUGAUAGGAAUUCUAGUCCAGGUGAAACAGACACACAAGAGCAGGAGAGGAUUGUUGUACCUGAACAGAGUGACAGUCACACAGAAGUGGGUAAUGCAAUCCUGGAGGUUAGCUUCACAGAACCACACACCCAGUGCCUCAAGGAAGCAAAGACAAAUGAGGAAAUGGAAGAGAAAGACACAAGUGAAGGUAUAAAUAUAGAUAUAAACUCUACAGAGCCAGAGAGUGACAGGGCAGACACAUCAAGCUUAAAGAGGAAGUGUGAUGGCCAUUCCUCUUAUUCUAGUCCAAAUUGUGUUGGCCUUCCUCUGCUGGUCAAGUCCUCCAGUCACAGCAGCCUCCACAGCUGCAUGAAGAAUGACAGUCACCGCCGCAGCGCCAGUAUCCUCAGGACCAGCAUAAGGAGGAAGGGCUUUGCCUCAUCAGAGAGUGAUGUCAGACUCACCUCUUUGCCUCACCUCACCACUAGCACCAUCAAUGUCACCUCCAAGUCCCAGCAUGGCCAUGAUGAUCUGUUUGAGGUGCCAGCUCCUCCCCCUCCCCACGUGCCUAACGUGGAGCUGGCGGUGAUUGACAGGAUGCACAUUAUUGAAACAGAGUCUUCAGGUGUGAGCUCUGACUCACACUCAGACUAUGAGAAUAUUUAUAAAGGGAAGGAUGACCCCAGGAAAACACUGCCUCCCAAACCUGCUAACUUAGUUAUCCCAGCCCUCAAUGAAACACAGACCUCACAGUCCUCUGUCCCUCAUGACUAUGAAAACAUUUGUGCCAUCAACAUCAACAGAGAGAUGUUGGGCGUUAGGCACUGGAAGACAUACUCAGACAUUGAGGACAGAGUGCACGAUUACAGCACCUACAGGGAGAGACUAAAGAUGCUGGACAGUACUCUGGCCUCCAGCUAUUGCUCAGAUGUCAACAGUACUCUGAAGGCCAUACACUCACGCAGGUCCAUCAGUGCUCCUGAUGACUGUGAGUCCAUUCUAUCACGGUCACUGCCAGACCUCAGCGCCCUCAGACUGGAAACCUGUCUUGAGGAGGCUGAACCAGAGCCUGAGGAGGAGUGUGCCUCCCCCAGCACCAAAGAUGACAACAGGCUGAUGGAGGUCCUGGACCGCCUCAGGGCUGCCAGACCUCUCAAUAAGUCCAGUUCGGUUGACCAAAUACCCAACUAUGAAACCAUCUGGGUGGGGGAUGUGGAGAAGCCAGAGCAAGACAGAAGCUCAUCCUUGGCUGCCUCCUCCACCAGCAGGUCCUCCUUGGUGGUGACCAUUGGUGAUGUGAGGGAGAAGGAGUCCCUGUGCAACCUCUACUACUCCACUAUGUCCGACCUCUCCUUCAGGUACUACAGUGAGAGGAUGCGCAGGAACUGUUCCACAGCCUCCACCUCCUCCCGCAGCACCUCCCACCACAGCACCUCCCGGGAGAUGACGCGUGCCAUCUCCGUCCCCGACAACAAGACACUCCUGGAGGUGAGUGAGCUGAUAGAGGAGCAGAAGAAACUGGAGAAAGGAGAAGGACAGAUAGCGGAGCAGCGACAGGCCCUGGGGGCGGCAGCCCUCAGCACCCCUCAUGUGUACAGCCAGACCACGCCGCUGAGGGCCACACAGUCGGCUCAGCCUCAGCCACGGCGCAAGUUUUCAAUGCUGCGGGAAAAGUUUGAGCAACCAAACUGGACGCCCCUCAAGUCCCCCCUCAGGAGGCGGCAGUCAGCACAGCGAAGAAACUCCCUCCAGGACCGCACAGCCCGGGCCCUGCAGGCGGGGAUGAAGGUGUUCAGGCGGCCACGUGUCCACGUCAUCACACCCAAAAAGGAGGAGGGCAAGGACACCCCACGCCUGAAAAGCCCCUUCAAGACCAGGACUGUCACCCCAACCUCCACCACCAUUAGGGUGAAGGGUGACACUCCCACAGAGGUGAGGGUCACCAUCAAGGGGGGUGAGGAGAUCUCCAAAGCGGUCCAGAGGACGCCACAGGUCAACACACCCAUCAACCACCGGCUGGCCAAGGGGACCCCCAAGACCAGCACACCAGACGAGACCAAGCCACCCCCAAGGACAGGCCCGGCAGCAGUGGUGGACCCCAAGGUGAAAAAGAUAAGUGAAGGCCCCAAGACCAGCACACCAGAGGGCAACAAAGCACUACCACAGAUCAGCAUCCUAAGCGCUGUGUCAAGUGUCGUCCCCUCACCAGACAGCACCCAGGUCAGAAUGCCGCUCUCAGAGAAUAUCUACCUCAGCAGGAUCAGCUCCAAGACCCUCGCCAUGCAGGUCAACAAGGAAUCUGAAUCCACACAGAAAAGCACCCAGUCAGGAAAAUCCUUCACAAACCUUCAAGCUCAAAGAUCACCAACUGGAGAUGAAAACUCCCAGAGGAGACUCACCGUUGUCCCUUCUGCUUCAGUUUCCCAGAGUCACCUGGACCUAAGGAACCAACACACCUCACCUAUUGGGGGCCACAGGUACCCAGGGGGCCAGGCCAUGUUCUCCGGAGCCCUGGGGCUGCCAAGGUUUGAGCCUGAGCCGCGGGCCACCAUUGUGAGUGUGACUGGCGUGUCUGAUACAGCCCAUGGUCAGCACAUCAGCCAUAUCGUCCUCUCCUCCCCUCAGUCACCUAAGAUAAACAUGCAGAAGUCAACUUUAUCUCCUACAUCUAAGAUAUUUUCAAGAAGAAUUUAGAAUCAAAGGGCAAAACUUUCCUCUGCUCAUUUUCAUGUCAAAUUCAUUUUUUUCCAUGACUAUCACUUCUCAUCUGUUACUCUCAAUGGUAUAAAUACCUUCUCUUCACAGGACUGACUAAAUAUGUGAUCUGAGAAGGAUUUUGUUAACCACCUGCCCAGUAGCAUUGCAGUGCAUGUAUUUCAAGGAUAUGUCAAAAUGUCCCUGGAGAUGUCUUCCAUUCUCUGUCUAAUAACCUGGAGGCAGAAGCCGGUGACUACUGUAUAUUUAAGGAUUCUCUGUAUGUGUUAGUAGCUUUAAGGCAAACCCAACCAAAGCUAAUCAAUGUAUAUAGUCCAUUUACACUUAAUUUCUUGCCAAAUAGUACUGUCUAUAAGAAUAUAGUAAAUACUCAAGAAAUAUCAUGGAAGAAUCAAACUUAUUUUAUUUGAAGUGUACUUAAGUGUGCCCAAGUGUACUUAACUUUGAAGUGUACUUAGUGUACCCAAGUGUACCUAACUUUGAAGUGUACUUAAUGUACCCAAGUGUACUUAACUUAGCGUGUUCAUGGAGGGUGUCCUCAGGGAUGCCGUGGGUGACUCACCACACCAAGACAUUACAUACUUAAGUUUUUAUAUGUAAAUUUGUAUAUAAGCCAAAUAAAAGAGUUUAAUAUUUAA